AUGAACAAUUUGAGUAAAGCCAUAUUAAAUGGAGAUUUUGAUGAAUCUUCAUCAUCUGAUGAUGAUAUCAUCAUGAUGCAACUAUUCACAGCAUCAAUUGUUGCUACCUAUGAAGUCGUUUACUUAAGAUCUCCAAAUGAAGCAGAUGUCGCCAGAUUAUUGCAAGAGGGAGAGCAACGCAGGUUUCCUGGAAUGUUAGGGAGUUUGGAUUGUAUGCACUGGCGUUGGGAUAAAUGUCCAAGUACCCAAGCCGGUGCUUACACUGGACACUAUCACAAACCAACAGUUGUACUCGAGGCAGUUGCCUCCAACGACUUGUGGAUUUGGCAUGCUUUCUUUGGCAUGCCUGGCUCUCUGAAUGAUAUUACUGUUCUUGACAGGUCGCCUUUAUUUUCUGAAUUAACUAGAGGACGUGCACCUGUUGCCAACUACACCAUCAAUAAUCACGCAUACACUAUGGAGUAUUAUCUUGCUGAUGGUAUCUAUCCUCGUUGA